AGUACCAUAAUACGAACUCUACGUCCAGUUUCACUAGAUUAUUUUUUCUAUUGUAAAACCACUGAAUAUUUAAUUUUGACAAUUUUAUUAAAUAAUAUUGGUGUACUUAUAAAUUUUGUACAAAAGUAGUUUUGAAAAUAUUUUGAAAAAAUAAAAUAAAUCAUAUCAACUUAAUCACAAUUGUCAUAAUAAUAUGAUGAAGAUGAAUAUCGAACAGAGGGUGACGUCGAUAAGCUUGAAGCUUUUGGUCAUCGGGGUUUUCGUGUCGGCGUGCGCCGCGUACAGCGGUGACGAAGGAUCGGAUUAUUUCCGCGGCCAUGAGCCACGAGGCGUCGACAAACAGUUGCCAGUCAUACUGAUGCACAAACAAGCGUUGCAAGAGGACGGUGGAUUUCAGUACGCUUUCGCGGCCGACAACGGUCUUCGUCAAGGCGAAUCGAUCCGACCGGACGGAAGCCGGACCGGAGCGUAUUCGUACACGGAUCCCGACGGUAAAGAAAUCUCCGUCAAGUACACAGCUGGUAAGGACGGUUUUCGCAUAAUACAGGGCGACCAUGUGCCAAAAGCGCCCGUUUCCGUGGUACCAUUACAACAGCAAUCGUCGGCGCCCGCUUACGUUCCACCGUCUCCCGGACGUUCGUUUGCUAAGAACAGAUUGUUUGGAGCACCCGGUGGACCUGGAUCUCAAUUCAGCAGAGGCGAUUUCAAUAAUGGUGGCAAAUUUGAUCAUAAUAGUGGAGAAGCUUUUGGUUCACCAUCACCGUACAAAUCGAAAUAUUCGAAGCCUCAACAACACUACAGAGUUCGAGAAGAUAAUAGUGCCGAAUUAGCGGCUAGGUACGAUGACGAUGGGUCUUCUGCAUUCGAUGGUGCCGGAGAUUAUAGCAGUCACAGUCCGUUCCGGGCACCUUCAUCACAGGCACAUGCGGCUUACAAUGGUGCCAGCGAUAACUUACAAAAAGAUGAUGGUUCUUUCGAGAGCAACGAACGACAACCGCAUUCGUUCGGUAGUGGUUAUGCAUUCGAAUUUGGCGGUGCCAACAAUAAUGGUGGAGCGUCACCCGAAUACUAAACAAACAAUGUUUUCGUGUUUCUCGCGAACUUUGAUAAUUAAAUGUAUAAACCACAAUUUAAGCAAUAACUUUGAAAAAUAAUUAUUUUGUUGAUAAUUAUUUAUAUUCUUUUGGAGAUUGUUAUAACUUAUAAGAUAUCAUAUUUUAUAUAUGUAUGUGUAUACAUAUAGGUAUAUAUAUGUAUACAUACACUAUACACAUCGUAUAUCGUGAUAAUCAUCUAAUUUUUAAGUUUUAUUACUAUUAUGUAUAAGUAUAAUGUAUCAGAAUGAUGAUGAUACUAAUUACUAAUUACUUUACUUAUAAGUAUUUUUUGUUAUUGUUUUUAAUAAAAAUUAUAAUAUAAUUAAUAAAGUU